AUGAAAAAAAAUCUCAACGUCCUUUUUAUCGGUGACAUUUUUGGUCAACCAGCCGUCCAAGCUUUAGCGACUUGCUUGCCGAAAUUAAUUAAACUCCACCGGGUUGACUUUGUGAUCGCCCAGAGCGAAAAUGUCUCCGAUCGCAAGGGACUAGUUAAAGCCGAUUACGAAAGGCUCAAGCAAAUCGGCGUCCAAGCUUUCACGCUCGGCAACCAUGUGUGGGCCAAAGAGGGGAUUAAACAGAUCAUCGCUAACUUGGAUGUAAUCCGCCCCUUCAACGUCAGCCCCGACUACCCGGGCGAGGGAACGCGCGUUUUUAAAGUGGCGACCCAAACGUUAAGAGUGACUUCCAUGCUGGGGGUAACUUUUAACGAACUAACCGACAACUGGAAACAAAGUCAGGCCGACAAUUUUUUUGACGCUUUUGAUUUGAUUGAAAAAAACUACCCGCGCACUGAUUACCAUCUGAUUGAUUUUCACGGCGAGACAACUAGCGAAAAAAACGUCUUUGGACUUUACGUGGACGGCAAAGCGAGUGCGCUCGUCGGCACUCACACCCACGUGCAAACUAACGACGCCAGAAUUUUGCCGCGCGGCCUAGCUUACAUCACCGAUGCGGGCAUGACCGGACCGAGCAAUUCGGCGAUCGGCGCCGAAUUUAAAAGCGUUUACCGGAAAAUGCGUUUUGACGCCCGCAAUUGUUAUACUUGUAGCAGUUACUUAUCACUACCCAAAGGCAUGCACAAACCUCACCAACCUCGUCACAACGCUUGGGGCGCGAUCAGACGCGUUUUUGGACGCGGUGUGCAGGCCACUUUGAACGGCGUUGAAUGA